AUGGUUUUGUGGGUAUUUGGAUAUGGAUCUCUGAUCUGGAACCCGGGUUUCGAUUUUGACGAGAAACUCAUUGGCUAUAUCAAAGACUACAAACGCGUCUUCGAUCUUGCAUGUAUAGAUCAUAGAGGCACCCCUGAACAUCCUGCUCGAACUUGCACGUUGGAGCAAUCCACCGGAGCUAUCUGCUGGGGUGCUGCUUAUUGUGUUCGUGGAGGACCCGAGAAGGAGAAGCUAGCCAUGGAGUAUUUGGAACGGAGAGAGUGUGAAUACGACUCAAAAACCCUUGUCGAGUUUUACACUGAAACAGACACAUCCAAGCCAAUUUUGACCGGAGUUAUAGUAUUCACUUCAACUCCAGACAAAGUGUCGAACAAAUACUAUUUGGGCCCUGCACCAUUGGAGGAAAUGGCGAGGCAAAUCGCUACAGCUUCAGGACCUUGUGGGAACAACAGGGAGUAUCUUUUCAAGCUCGAGAAAGCAAUGCACGACAUUGAACACGAGGAAGAGUAUGUGAUUGAAUUGGCGAACGAGGUGAGGAAACAGCUUGACUUACCAGAGGAAGUUAAGGCAUUGCUGAAGCCUGUGGUGUCUCGUGUACCCGUCAAGUCUCAGACUCAAACUCAUGUUUCCACUCUUCAAGGGGUCUUUGCAUCAUGA